CGUUCAGACAUUUCUCUCUUCUCAGAUUAGAACUUUCGCCAUCUUCGAUCCUCUCCCUUCAUCGGUGUUUCAUCCAUCUCUAGAGUCGGUUCGAAGGACCUCUGUCUCUCUGCUACAAACAGGACAUUGUAACGAUUUUCCGACAAGAUGCACGCGUUUCUCAAGGACAUAGUUCCCGCGGCGCAGAACAACAUAAACACGCGUUUCAUCAUCCUCGACAAAGCAAGAUCAAUAUCAUCACCCCCAGCCACGAGCGGGAAGAGCUGCAUCGCGUUAGCUGCGGAUGAAACGGCGGCGGUUCACAUACAGCUGUGGGGAGACGAGUGCGACGCGUUCGAGGCGGGAGAUAUCGUGAAGCUCACCAAUGGGAUAUUCUCGUACGUGCGGAACGGUGGGUUACUUCUCAGAGCUGGAAAACGCGGGAAGAUGGAGAAGGUGGGUGAGUUCGCGGUUGCGUUUGUCGAAACGCCAAACGUUAGUGAGAUCCAGUGGAGUCCUGAUCCGGAGAAUCCCAAACGCUAUAUUCAGAACGGCGUCGUCUCGGCUUAUUCCCGUAUUUUCCCUCCUUUGCCUUGAAUUAAAAAAGAUUUGUAUAAACACUUUAAACAAGACAUACGAAUGAUAAAUCAAAUAUUUGUACAUGUUUAAAGAUGAAUCAAUGGUUAUUUUACGAGUAA